UCACUUGAGACCCAUCCAUGCAUCCUUUGACAAGACUUCCCAAGAACAGUGAGUUCAAGAUGAUGAAGAAGCUGGCUCGUGAAAUAAUGGGGACGGCCUCAAAACACACCUGUGGAUGUCGCUGCCUUGGGCCCCUGACUUUCCACACAGAGGCUGUUGGUGACAAGGUCACCCUGACCCACGGGGCCAGGUGUGCGACAAGGGCCUUGCAGACGUUUCGGAACGGACUGGUGUUCAGCAACCGCAGAGUGCGGAUCGGAGAGAGGGUCCGUCUGCGAGUGGACCGCUGUGCCCAGCACUGGCACGGGGCCCUCCGUCUUGGAUUUACCACCGUCCAGCCCACCUGUAGCCCCUUGCCCGACCUGGCCAUCCCCACGCUCACCGACACCCCUGGGUACUGGGCAGCCCCUGUGCCCGAAGUCUACUCCCUGCCCGGCACUGAGUUGCAGUUCUGGGUCACUUCAAGAGGUGUGGUGAUGUUUAAAGGGCCUGAAGGCCAGGAGUACAUUUUGCUGGAGGGAGUGGACGUCAGCAAGCAUCUGUGGGCUUUAAUCGAUGUGUAUGGGCAGACCUGCACUGUGGUCCUUCUGGGCUCAAAGAAGAAGGGUCUGUUUGGGGUACGAAAAUCCUGCCCUUGCCCAGCACUGCCCCCUGUCUCCCCGGAGAACAGCUGUCUGUGCAUCUCAAAGGGGAGGCCCCGUCCUUCCCAGGGAGAAAGGGGACCAUCAUCUACUAGAUCGUUAGAGGACGUCCAGGACCCCUGUCAUUCCAACACUGACCCCCACAGGACUGAGGAGCCCCUGGAGGACUGUGUCGUCUGCAUGUCCCAGGAGGCCUGUGUCCUCCUGUCCUGCGGGCAUCGGUGCCUGUGUGGCUUCUGUGCCGGCAGAGUGAGGGGACAGUUUGGGAAGUGCCCGCUGUGUCGCCUACCCAUCACUUAGCCCCAGUGUGACCUGCACGAGCUGCAGCACAGAGCACCAAG